GUUUUCAUUUGGGAGUCUUUACCUGAAGUUCUAAAAGCAGUUCUUUCUCAGAAUUAUACGUAUUUGAUUCAGAAAUUUAAUACAAGAAUGAAGCAUCCUGAUAGAUUAUGGAAUUUCAAUUUUAUUCUAAAACGACAAUGCUACAGACAAAAAGCUAUGAAGUUAAAGGAA